AUGGCGACACAAACACUCGCUCCUGGCGCCACUCUGCCUCCUGGCUUUACCAUUCCUCCUGGCGCCACUCUGCCUCCCGACUUCACCAUUCCUCCUGGAUUGUCAAUUCCUCCAGGAUUAACGCUCGCUCCUGGAACAACAAUCCCCCCAGGCCUUCUCAAUGGAAACGCAACAACAGGCGGAGUUACGGAUGGCCCAAACACCAACACGGCCACAGGAGCAGACAACAAUGGAUUUGGAGACAUCAAUUUGGGAUCAUUCAACGCUACACCAUUCUUCCUGCCGGCCCCAAUUCGGACGUAUGAAAGGGCAGGUGCCACCACGGGUAUGGCCGGAAUUCCAAGAUUUGGCCACAAUUCAGACUUUGCCAAUGUUGCCUACCUUGCCUCCAGCACAAACAAAGCUGACGGGGAGGAUUACAUUGUUGGGUUAAUGUUUGCUGGUUGCUUUCUCCUUGUGUUUUUCCUUGUAUGGACCAUUGUUCUCAUCAUUUUCAAAGUAGCCAUGUCAGGGUUUUUGUCUGGAGAACCUUUCAUGAACCCUCACAUACAUGAUCCUGUGUCCAAGCAAGCCAAGGAGGACGCAAAGAUACAUGGACGAGAAUACAAGGAAGACAAUUCUUGGCUCAAGAGGCCCCGUCGGAUAAGAAUAACAUUCUUCUUUUGUGGAUUGAUUCAGAUAAUAUUCGCCAUCCUCCUUGUCAACCAAGGAAUGGCCAAUCUACAACAAACCACCGACACAAUUCAAGUCUCCUCAGAGUCAAUUCGACUCUUGGUAAAGGAAGCAGAUGGUGUCGCCCUUAACCUCAAACAAGUAGGAGACACGGGCUUGAUCUUGCGCGAUCAGGUUGUCUUUGAUUUGAAUAAGGACAACUUUUGCCCCGGCAACCCUUUGUUUGUUCAAACUUCAAUAGGACAGAGCCUUAUUGGGGCUUCAGAUGGAGCUGCCCAAAUGUUGAACCAGCUGGGGGACUUCGUUACAAAUAAUGUCGCAACUUUAGAGGAAUCCUUGGCUGCUACUGAGCAACAGCUGGACAGCCUUGACAGGUCAAUGGCAGAAGCUGAGAGUUAUGAGUGGCUUGCUGGUUUAAUUGCAUUUCCAUACAUGCUCUUGGCAAGUUUGAUGAUUCUUGGGGCUUUUGCGGCACAACUGGAUGCGAUGACCGAAUGUUUCCUUUGUAUGCUGAACUGGGUGAUUCUGCCUCUCUACAUCUUUGUGACAAUAUUCUCUUAUAUUGUUUUAGCCGUUGCUGCAAUUGCUGCUUCCCUCAAUGCAGAUUUUUGCGGUGGUGAAACAAGCUCACCAGACCAAGUACUGGUGGAUCUCUUGUUUCGGUCAGGAUUCCAGGAAGAUGGAUUGUUAUUUCAGACUGUUCGCUACUAUGCAUAUCAGUGCACAGCUCGUGCUGAAGUUGACCCAUUCAUGUUUCUCCGCAGUUUUGAUGGGGUUAUCGUAAGUUUCACUUGUGUCUUUGUAAUUAAUUUCCUUGGUGUUUGUUUCAAGUUGGACUAA